CCUAAAGUGGGCGUGGCUUGAGCCUCACGCACGCGAACAGGUGUUCGUUUGAACGUUUCACCUGUGAGGUAGAGCGCGAGGGUGUCGUUGUGUGCGUGCGGGCGGCUGCUACGUGGUGAAGUGAUUACAAAGAGCUGGAAAUAAUGUCUCGGUUUUGAUUGUUUUUUGUGUUUGUUGCGUUUAAGGACGUUUUGUUUUCUACAUUUUUUUUUUCUUCACUUCACUGGACUUUUGUACUGCAGACUGAGGUGGAAGAGCACUGGGGAUAAAAUGACAGAGUUUAAUGAACGCCAUGAUUUAAUGUAGAAGUGUCAUAUUGUGUGAGAAACUGGGAGAUAAACAAACAAACAGAAAACACUAUUUGCAGUAUCUACAGUCGAAUUUAAAACUGGUGAUUUAUUGGAGCAAACUUGAACCACGAAAUGAAGAAAAUGUCGCACUGUUUUGCACUAAUACUGACUGCAGUAACUGCCUGUGUCUGUGGCGAGUUUCUUCAGCCCCCUCCGUCCCUGACUCUGCUCACCUUCGCCGAGGAGGAGACUCGACUACCGUGUGAGUUUAAACCACAGGACGGUGAAAAAGUAAUACAGGUGACCUGGUCUGUUGAAAAGAGCAGCAAUGACAAGGAGCAGAUCAUCACCAGACACAUGACAGAGGGGCUUCAAGAGUUUCCUAGCUUUGCAGGCCGUGUGCGCUUCACAAGUUCUGAUCCGAUGAAAGACUCAACAUUGUUGAUUCUGAGCACAAGGGAGUCAGAUCAAGCCACAUAUACCUGCCACAUCUCCACUUUUCCUUCAGGGAACUUCGAGAGACAAAUCAGCCUUACUGUCUGGAGGAUUCCCAUCUCAACACUGGAACCGGUUGUCCUGGAGGAGGGUCAGUCAUUCCGUGUGGCUGCCACCUGCCGAGCGAUCGGCCUGCCUCCACCGCGGCUUUCCUGGGAGACCGACGUGCCCGGUCAAAUACAGAACAGGAGCUCAGGGGACGGGGUCGUCACCUCCCAGUAUUCGCUGCACCCUCUGCGCAGCAUGAAUGGCCGCAAACUGGACUGCUUGGUGUGGCACCCUGCUCUAGAUCAACCUCGCAGGCUGAGCAACCAACUGAUCGUGCACUUUCCUCCUGAUGCUGUCGUUUCUGGAUACGAUCAUAGAUGGGCCGUUAAUCGGAAUGGAGCCGAGCUCAAGUGCGAGGGUGCUGGAAAUCCUCCCCCACACAACUUCACCUGGACCAGGAAGGGUGGGGUUUUGCCCAAGGACGUAUUUGUGGAGGGGGACAGGCUCCGUUUCACUCGCCCAUUAAAUAAAAGCGAUGAAGGUGUGUACGAAUGUGAGGCCAGAAACUCUGUGGGAUCGGUGAAGACGGAGGUUAAUGUACAGAUCUAUGUAGCCUCUAAAUCGUCCCAGCUGGAGGCUAAUUUCAACAACCUCCUCCUUAUAAUCGUGGGUGGAGCAGCCGGGGUUUUAGUAGUUGUCAUGACGACCAUCAUCCUUCUGAUUACCUGCCGCCAUAGACGCAAGACCAGGAAACUUAAACAGGAGCUCUCAGAGACGAAGGAGGAGAUCAAUAAUCUCUCGAGGCAGACUUCUAUGAGGAGACUUAACUCGUUCAGUACUGACCAGAGGAUGCGGACUGAAGAAUCCAUGCUACUCAGGAUGGAAUCUCCUGUAAGAAGCAGUGUCUAUACGCUAGAGGUAUUGCAACACAUCAAUGCAGGAGAUGUCCAGGCAGCUCCUGAGCGAUCAGGCAUAUAUGACGAGAGAGACGUCGAUCGCGACAGCAUCGGCCGCCCAGCCCUCCACCUGUCCUGUGACUCAAUGCGAGGAAGCGGGAGGAGGAAAGAGACCGAGGUAGAGAAACAAGACCGCAUUCAAAGAGUGGCAAGCUACAUAAAGAGCAGUAAUAUGUCUCUGGAUGUAGAGCUUCGGCGAGACCCGAGCUAUCCUCCAUUGUCCAUCAGCUCAGGGGCUACAAGAGAAGGAGGGAAAGAAAAAGACGUAUGGGGACAGAGAGAAGGCAUGCCGGAGGGAGAGGAGGGAGACAGCGCCUUCAACUCGCAUCAGCUCUUAGAGACACUCUCGAAAAACUUCCAGUACACCAACGGAGUCCUGAGGCCGAAACCUAACCCGAACGCUAUAAUGCUGAACCCACGUGGCCAGUACAUAAAACGAGAAGGCCAAAGUGAUUCGCCACAGCACACCAUCCCUGCAGUCUUUUCUGGUCACCAGUAAUAAUGUCCAUUAUGUGGUCCAGUGGAGCUCAUCCUGCAUGCUGCGUCUUCUGACCGAUGAAUUCAUCCGACACUCCCUGGAGCUCGUGUUAAUACCACAGGCUGGUUCGAACAUAUCAAGACCAAUGGAGAUCUCAGCUUUCUACUCUACCCACAGGCAGCUCAUUGGGCAUCAUCUACCAGCAAGUCCAGAUGUGGAUAUAUCAGCAGAUUUAAAGCAGACCAACAACGUUCUAAAAGUCUGAGCAGAUGAAUGCAUCUAAAUAUUAACUAGCACCUGUGAAAUUAGUAGGGACAUUUGGCUAAAAAUAGCCUGAAUGAGUGCAAAAGUUAAUAUUAGUUUUAAAUGUUUCUAUUUGAUACCUACUGCAAGGUUUUCCCACAAAUAAUUUUUCAUACAGAAUACAAGAUAAACCUUCAUCUAUACACUAUUUACCUCAUUCAUAACAGAGGAAACCAAUUAAAGACAAAUAAUCAGCCUUUUCUUUAGUUGUUAAAUGUUUUGAAAGAUUUCUUCUUAAAAAAACAAACAAACAAAAAAAUCAGAACGCAUGGAUUGGAGGUGAUUGGUGGUGGACAACCAACUAGUAUUUCAGGGGACACAGUCUUCUCACCGUGUGUGUGUGUGUGAGAGUGUUUUGCUGAGACUGACCAUUUAGGACUUGUAAAAUUGCAGUUCAUUGCUUUGAAUUCUGUGUUCAUAGAGAAUUAAAAAGGUUCCUGAGGUUUUGCAAAUCUCCCCAGCUAACAGCGUUGAUCUUGACUUGAAAGUUACUGUCUGCAGGAAGCAGAUGUUCUGUGUUGUAGUUAUAUAUGAUCUAUAGCGCAGCUACAUCAUGCAGCGGAACAGAGCGACUCGGACAGACUGAGAGCUCAGUGAAAGGACAGGGGAGACCCUGAAGCAAGCAGGUCAAACGGCACAGUGAGGUUUAGCAGCUUUUUAGGUUUUUCUGUCUGUUAUUUACCUCAGUGGAUUCUGGUUGUUAUUACGGUUUGAAAAGGUAUUGAUACAUGUAUAAUACUAAAGCUCUGCAUUACUUUAUGACCGAACAAUGCCUCUCUACAACCUAGUUAAGCACCUGGCUGCUCUUAAAUAAUUAAGGUUCACUGAUGCAGUGUAUAGAGUUUUUGUGAAAGAUGUAAAUAUAGUGAGACAAAGCCA